UCCUCUGAGACUGACAGGUCGUAGCUGCUCACCGGGCAAUGAGACAGCAAACACAGUGAGACGCCUCGAGAUGGACUUAGCGGACGCUUUUCACCAAAGACGGGUAUCAUUUAGACACCGCUGUCUGUUGACGACAGACGGAGUUUAGUCCUCGUCGGGAUUAUUUUUGUUUUAUUGAAGAAUAAAAAGGAUACUCGAUGUCCCGGGAGAGAAAUUGAUGCGACGACUGAUUUCCUGCGACACACACUGGCCAGCUAAGACUCCUUCGCGUUCACUUUGAAGACCACCUGAGUACAUUUAAACCAUCCUCGGCUAUACCUUUACACGUGUAUGUAAUUGUGACACUGACACCUGCAAAGCACACGUCACUGAUAGCGAAGAGACACACGAAGUUGUGGAAGAGCGCGCGGCUAAUCGCUGCGGUGACUUAGCUUCUAGCUAACCGACAGCUUCUUUGUUUAUUUAAUUUGAGUCGUUAAAUACAGUGCUUGUAUCUAUCUGAAGCGGGGUAACGCGUCCGGGAGGAAGAGCCACGUCGUUUAUGAGCUCGUGUUUUGGGGUAACUGCAUCCAGGGACGUUGGGUUUGGUUUUUAAAGGACGUAAAUGAUCUGACUUCUCACUUAUGGCUCGUUAGUAACGCGGCACUGCAGCUGACCCUGCUAGCUAGCGUCUGUUUCAGCUAGAAGGCAGCCACUUAUCGGCCUUUAGGAACUCGUUGAGGUGAAGAUGCACAACCAGGACUUUUCCGCAGACCCGCCCGGGACCGGGAGUCGGAAAACGGCUUUCCACUACAGGAGAGGCAGCAGCGGGGCGCCGGCCUCCAAUGGAGCCAACGCGAUCGAUGACAAUCCCACCCAGGCUGGAUCCAGUUCUCCCGGACUCCACCACCAGCCCCAGUCCCAGGUGGCUGGCGCUCAGGUGAAGAAAAAGAGUGGCUUUCAGAUAACAAGCGUCACCUCGGCUCAGGUCAACGUGAGCGGCAACAACAGUUUAGCAGAUGACACUGAGAGCUAUGAUGACAUGGAUGAGUCACACACAGAAGACCUCUCCUCCUCCGAUAUGCUGGAUGUGUCCGUGUUCAGGGCCACGGACACUGGUGUGCCAGAGAGAAGCUCCUCUGAUGAGACUCUCAACAGUCUUCACGGGGUAGACACACCUGGAAUUGUGUCGCCUAACGAGCCCCUGCACCCUCAUUCCAUCCCGCAGGGGUCUCAGCAGCCCACCUCGAUGGUAAAUGGGACCAUGCACCAUCAUUAUUAUCCUCAGCAACACAGCCAGCCUCACCAUCAUCACUCUGAUAGCCUUGGAGGAGGCGAGCCCUCCGUGCCAGCUCUUCCCAUUGCUCCCGUGGGUAGCUCCAGCCCAUCUCUGUCCCAGAGGCCAUCAAUGUUGGAUAACAGUAAACCUGCAGGUGGGACAACCCAACCGUCAGCCCCUGUUGUCGGUGGGACACCCACUGAUCAACAGCUUCAAGGCAAUGUGAUUGUUUCUAAUGUGUCUGCUGCUGCAGUUCCUUCUUCUGGGCCUGCAGGUUUUGACAACACUAUUGUGAGUGGGCCAGCCCUCAACACUCAAACUCAGCACACACAGACUGCUACUGGCUCUCGUUUUAGGGUAGUCAAACUAGACACUAACUCUGAGCCAUUCCGCAAAGGAAGAUGGACAUGUACAGAUUAUUAUGAAAAGGAGGUUCCACAUCAAACUACAAUUGAGGCACCAAAAGGUGUAGAAGUGGCUGUAGAGACUGAUUCAGGUAACACUCUGAUUAGUCAGGGCAUUCCUGCUGUACAGCCACCACACACACUUCAGCCCUACCAGCAGCCGAGCCAGGACUUCAAUAGUCCACAAGCCAUGCAGAGCCCACCUCAGGGGCUGGCCCAAACCACUCCUCUGACCUAUGUUUCCCCCCAAGAGGUUGUUGGUGGGGCCCACAUGCAGCAACCAGUGGCUUCUGUCACCCUCCCUACAGCAACACCACAGACUGGUAUAAAUCAGCCUCCCCCUCUAAUACCCCAGCAGUUGCCCUAUUCUGUGGAUCCCCAGGGAGGUUACCCUGCAUCCCAGUUCCAUGCAGGGGUCAUAGCUCCGGGAGGUGUCCGACAGCCAGACUUUAUCCAGCCGACUGCUCCCUUCCAGACCCAGGUCCAGCCUCCGCUGCCGCAUGUUACAACAGGAAUGUCCAUAUCACCGGUUCCAGGGGGCGCGUCACAGCCACCGAUCAGCUUUACUCAGCAGCUGACCCAUCAAGGUCUGGUAGCCCCAUCUGCCCAGGCAUCAUUUGUUGGACAGCCACAUACCCUCCCAAAUCAACCACAGCCACAAGUCCAGCCACCCUCCACUGCUAGAUUCCCGGGAGCGCUCACCCAUGCAACCCACUAUAUGCCUUUGACUGCACUGCAAGCUGACCUCCAGCCUCUCCUCACCCUGGGUGCAACCCUCACUCAGGUCCCUGGAGGAGGGAGCUCCAUAAGAACAUCCCAGCUGGAGGAUGCCCAGAAGCUUCUGCUCCAGCACAAAGGCCUGCUGGGUUUACCCAGGCUAGGGAUGACAGCAGGUAGAGAGGGGGGUGCAGAGGCCGGCAUGGCCCACAUGGGGAUGUCAGCUGAGGCCAGUGCCUUCAUGGUUGCUGCUGCUGCUGCUGCAGGCCUCAGGACUCAGCAUGCUGAAGGAGAGGAGGACAGCUCCUCCGGUGCAAGUGUGGUGGCCAUCGACAACAAGAUUGAACAAGCAAUGGACCUGGUAAAGAGCCACCUCAUGUACGCCGUGCGCGAAGAGGUGGAGGUGCUGAAGGAGCAGAUCAAAGAGCUGAUCGAACGCAACACCCAACUGGAGCAGGAGAACAACCUGCUCAAGAACCUGGCCAGCCCCGAGCAGAUGGCUCAGUUCCAGGCGCAGGUCCAGACCGGCGGCUCCCCGACCGGCGCUGCCCAGCCUCCGGUCCCGGUCCCAGCCGGGACCGCACAAGUCCUCCCUCCCACACAGAGCUCCGGCACGUCUGCGUAACACAGAAACUGCACUCUGGAGAGCCCCCUGAGGAAGGAUGGAAGGAGGAGGAGGAAGGAGUCUUGCCAUACUGUGAACUGACUCUAGCAUCAAGACCUAUGCCACCGUCUCGAGGAGUGCACACUUCCAACCGGAGGACAAACUUUUCUUUUGUUGCACAUUUAAUUUAACUUAAAAGACUUCGGAGGUGCACCGACGAGUGCGUGCGUGUGUGUGUGUGUGUGUCCACGCUUAUGACCUGCUUCAGACAAUCGGCAUCUUCAUCGCGGUGACGAUGAGGGAGGACAGAGCAUCGUCCAGUGGAGGGGGGGAGGAGUCUAAUCCCUCGCCAUGUGACCUGUGGAAAGUGUGCCAUUGUCUUUGCUCCCUUUCUCAACCCAGCACUGUCCCGUCAGCACACACCUGACUUUCUUUCUUUUCUUCUUCAUCUAGUUUUUUAUUCUUUUUCUCCAUGCACUUUUUUUUCAAACGACUUAAAACAGCGGACGAAACACGAACGAUUUGCACGACCCAUCUGGAAUGGGAGUCAAGAGUCACCUUUUCUUUCUUCAUCUGAAGACGAUGAUGCAUCGUCUUGAUGUUCUGGGUUAAGAGGGGCUUGAAAAGAAUUAUGAAAUAUAUUUAGAUAUCUAUCUAUCAUAGAUAGAUAGAUAUAUUAGCUGUGCCUCGUCGUUCACUUGAAGAACUCUUUGUUCUCUUGGAGGUUCUCGUCGCCCUCCCCACCCUCAGCGCACCCUCCCCGUUCUUGAUGGAGCAUUAAACAUUUAUGCAGGGAAUCAAAGUUUUUUUUCUUCUCUUUCUAGGGAAAGGUUUGUGUAUUUUGUCUGUUUUAUGUUUCCGCUCUUGUUGAUGUAAUUUAAUGUCCGAUUGAUGUGUAAAAAAAAUUAUUGAUGGAAAGGAAAAAACAAGCAGGACGUGUGUUUCUAGGUUUGUACAGAUUAAAAGAAAUUCCAAUUAAA